UCAGAUCUCAGAAGCCGACGACCUGUGUUUGGAUCUGCGACUGCGGGGAUCCCUCUUCCUAAGGACUUUGCGAUUUUUUUUUUCCGCCUUUUUUUGGGAAGAUUUUGCUGCCUCCCGAAGAUCUUGGGCGAGCGCUUCGGCUCCGUGGGAAGGUUUUGGGCUGUCUGGCUCGGAUUUUGCAAUUUCUCCUUGGGGACUGUCGUGGGGCCGCGUCCACUGUGGAUUAUAACUGCAACAUGACGCUGGAAGAGCUCGUGGCGUGCGACAACGCGGCACAGAAGAUGCAGACGGUGACCGCCGCGGUGGAGGAGCUGCUGGUGGCCGCGCAGCGCCAGGACCGCCUCACAGUAGGGGUGUACGAGUCGGCCAAGCUGAUGAAUGUGGACCCAGACAGUGUGGUCCUGUGCCUCCUGGCUAUUGACGAGGAGGAGGAGGACGACAUCGCCUUGCAAAUCCACUUCACGCUCAUCCAGUCCUUCUGCUGCGACAACGACAUCAACAUCAUGCGGGUGUCUGGCAUGCAACGCCUGGCACAGCUGUUGGGGGAGCCGGCCGACACCCAGGGCACCACCGAGGCCCGAGACCUGCACUGCCUCCUGGUCACGAACCCUCACACGGACAGCUGGAAGAGCCACGGCUUGGUGGAGGUGGCCAGUUACUGUGAAGAGAGCCGGGGCAACAACCAGUGGGUCCCCUACAUCUCCCUCCAGGAACGCUGAGGCCCCUCCCAGCAUCAGAACCUGUUGAGUUGCUGCCAAAAAUAAAAUAAAAUAAAUAUUUGACCCCCCUCCCCCCAGAACAACCCCAAAACAACCCAACCCAUGAGACCAUUGGGGGCAGAGUCACUGGAGACUGAGGAGGAGGAGAGGGGAGUGUGCGACCACCCCCAGGGCAGAGAGCCGGGAGCAGUGCCAGACGGCAGGGCGGAGGCCGCCGGUCGAGGAGAACGGGUGCCCAGGCCAGCAGGAGAUGGGACCCUGGAGCUCAAGCCUUGUGACAGAGCAGAAGCCGGAGUGGGGGAGUUGCUGCCUCCCCCAUCGCAGGAGGUCUUGGACUCCACACCUGGAGGGUGGGGUGAGAUGGAUGGCGUCCCCCACCCUCCUGGAGACGGGAGCUGACGUCUGCAAGACGAGAGACUUGGCUGACCGAGGGCAUGCGCCCUCGACGGGACUACACUCUGGGACUUGGGAGCUGGGGCUGCUGUUGCUCUGUGCCCAGGAACUCCCAGUUUGCAAAUUACAUAGACAAUCUAUUUUGUUACUUGCACUUGUUACUCCAACCACUGAAAGAGAUGCGAAGCUUGGAGAUACAUAUAUUUUUAUUUCUACUAUGAGGGCCUUGUAAUAAACGUCUGAAGCCUC